AUGUCUGAUAAACGCAGAGCCGAGAUUGAGGCAAAGCGUGCUAAACUCGUAGAGUUGCGCCAAGCUAGGGCAGCCCGACAGAAAGCUGAAGCCGAGCGCCGUCUUACCGACAGCACUGGUCCCUCUGUUGCUCGUCGAGAUGUCGAUGAUCUCGUCAGUUCUCUUAUAGGCAGUGGUAUCGGUCGCGGCGUUGACAGUGCAGCCGAGUCUCCAGUGUCAUCGGUGCCGGGCACCCCAGCUUUAGGCCAGACGAGCUCUCUUCCUGGUCCAUCGGCACCUUCGUUAUCUGGGAGAUUGAGUAGGCAGAGUGAUCUCGCGUCCGACCGCGUUAGUAUAAGUACUACCCUUGCGCAAUCUGCCAACGGAACAACCGAUCAUAUAAUGGACAGGUAUGUGUACGAAUACUAUAAACUUCCUGCUUCUCACAUAUCUAGGGUAAUGACUCCUCGGAUCAUGCCAGACUUAAUAGAUGUAGAACAAGAGCUUUUUGAGCUGCCGCAAAAGGAGCGAGUCAUUUAUAACAAAGAAGUUCAGACCAUGGAGGUUGAAGUGGACUCUCCCGAUGUGUCGGAGGCAGAGACAAACGAGCGAAGUCAAAGAGAGCGUGAGGUCUUAGAGGCAGAACAAGCUGCACGAGAAAAAGAUCUUGAAGAGCAAAGUGUACAGCUAGACAAGGAGAUCGAACAAGAGAUUCGAGAAAUGACGGAAGAAGAAAAGACCAGUAUAUUUGCAGUUCCUGAAUUCUUGGAUUUCGUCGAGCAGUCCACGAAGAUUAUUCAGCGCGCACUGAAUGAUAAUUAUGAUUAUGUCCGUGAUUAUACUAUCGGCGCCGAGAGUGGAGUUGAUGACUCGGAAGGAAGACGAGUGAAAUGUAUUUGUGCGUUUUGGGACGAACGGUACGGAAAGAAUCGAUCAGUAACCGAUAUUAGCUGGUCGCCAAAGUAUCCAGAACUAAGCUGUGCUUCGUAUAACAAGAAUCCAGCUGCCCUGAAUGAACCCGACGGGAUCGUCGCUGUCUGGAAUCUACAUCUUCUUGAACGUCCAGAAUUCAUCUUCCAUUCUCAGUCGGAUGUAUUGUCAGUGACCUUCUCGCCGUUCCACUCAAAUCUCAUCUUCGGUGGGACCUAUUCUGGCCAGAUACUCCUUUGGGAUACACGAUCAAAACAUCUCCCCGUGCUUAAAACCCCUCUCUCCGCUGCUGGGCACACGCAUCCUGUGUAUGCCAUGCAGAUGCACAACCACAGGCAGGAAACACUUGAACUUGUUCACGCUGGACAUAACAAGACGGGCGAAGUUGCCAUCACCACACUGGAUUUUCCGGACAAUGAAACUACUACUUUCUGGGUUGGGACUGAAGAGGGAAAUGUAUACCAAGCCAACCGUUAUGACCGGGCGGGUGCAAAAGCCGGUCUCAAUCAAUACGACGUGUACAAGGGCCACUCGGGGCCCGUCAUGGGACUGCAUUUUCAUCCCCUCCCUGGCCCCGUGGACUUCUCGGACAUGUUUCUCACCUGUUCUGUAGAUUGGACGGUGAAACUCUGGAGGGCAAAGUCACUCGCAAAACCCUCGACCACAGCGAAUGUAAUUUCGCCCAUUUAUUCCUUUGAUGAGGCGGAUGACUAUGUGUAUGAUGUCAAAUGGCACCCAUCGCAUCCUGCGCUCUUUGGUGCUGUCGAUGGCUCAGGCAGGUUCGACGUAUGGAACCUAAACAUUGAUACGGAGGUGUCUACUGUAUCUACUGUGGUCGGUUCCGGCCGUGCACUGAACAAACUCCAAUGGGAUCGUAAAGAUGGCCGACGAGCGGCACUGGGCGGCAGUGAUGGGAAGUUGUACAUCUAUGAUAUUGGGGAUCUAGCGCUUCCUCGAGAGUCCGAAUGGACGGAUCUGCAGAGGACGAUUGGUGGCAUGGCCGGUGGUGGCAUGCAAAGUAACGGAUUGGUCGAGGCGGGGAGAUAG